GUUGAUAAUAAUUGAUACAAAAAUUUACGUCCUUACUGUAUAUUAUAUCACUAGUUUGUAUAGUGAAAAUAACAAUAACAAUAGUAUUAUAAUUUUUUUUUCAGUUACUGUUCUUUAAAAUAAAUUUUAUUUUUAAUUUCUUAAAAAUUCUAAACAAACAUUUGAAUAUUACCAAUAAUGACGGAUCCAGUUUUUCCUAGUCAGCAUACAACUACUACAACAGUAACAAAUACUGAAGUGAUAACAAAUUUUCGGUAUGAUAAAUCCUAUGUUUACACUCUUGCAGGAAAGUUAAAGAUUGCACAAAUUGUAUGUGUGUUUCUCAGUAUUAUGACCCUCUCAUUCUCUACUUAUAAUAUGUGGUAUCAAAAUAGCGCUGUAACCUCUAUAAUGAUGUUUGGACUUUGGUUUUCAUUGUUUAUGUUAGUGUUUUAUUUAUUCCACGUGGUUGAAUGUUUUUAUAAGAUCCCAUGGCUUAAAAUUGAAAUGAUCUUUAACGUUUGUUGGCCAUUAUUAUAUCUGCUUUCUGCAGCUAUAGCAGCUUCAUAUAUUGGAAUGAACUUCAGCUAUACACUAAGUUUGUUUUUUGGAUUUGCUGCUAUGUUUGCUUAUGGUUAUGAUGCUCUUUUAAAAUAUCAUGCAAUUCAACGUGGAGAAAUUGCGCAAGGUUUGUUAUAAUAAUUCUCAAAUUAAUCACUUAGUUAUAUUAUAAUAUCAAGUAUUUUGAAAGAAAAUUAAACUACAGAUUUAUUGUUGGUUUUAAUUUAAAUUUCAACCUUAAAUAGAAUAAAAUAUUUUAACAAUUUUUGUUAAUUUUACAUAUGCUAAUAAUCCAAAGCUUUUUUAAUUUAAUUUU